GGGGGACGGCUGGGGAGGGGCGGUGCGCCGAGCCGAACCGCGCGGCCGGGGCGCUGCGUUGGGGGCGCCGUGUCUCCCCGCCGGGGCAGCGCCGUGGGCGCCGGGCCCUCCUGUCGCUGAAGCCCCCGCGGUAGCUGGAGCGCUGCGGGCGGCUCUUGGCCGCUCCCCGGGGCGGCGGGGCGCUCCCGCCGUGCCCGGCUUGGGCAGGCGGCGGAGGUGGCCGCCGUGUGGUCUCGCAGGGGGCGGGCGGGGGAGCAGCCCUGCCCCACCCGCGGCCAGCAGCGGGGCUGAGCUGGGCGGGGCGGCAGCGCCCGGCGAGGGCUCCGCUCUGCGGCUGCCCCUCAGCAGCUGCUUAGGGCUGCUUGGGUUUUUCCCCCCUCCAAUUUCUGCCAGUAGUGGAGCAAUAGAACAUCUAAGGAACCGACUUAACGGGCUGGCUCAGCGUAGGUGGGUGCAAAGCCCUAAUUGCUUCUAGGCGAUGCGGGUCUUUCAAACAGUUCAUCGAAGACUGUGGUGAUGUGCUUGGGAAUACUGCAUAUGCAGAAUUAGGACUAAAAUGUUAAUGGAUGCAAAAUUGCAUUCAAUAUGAUUGUGGUACUUAAGCAAUGCAUGAAUUUUUGAAAAAAAUAGAAAAAUUUUAUGAAUAAUUAACCAAACAUAACCCGUGCAAUGCAAAUCAUUAAGGCUAUUUGGGUAUGCUUGCCUUGCACUUGAGAGCAAGUAGCUAAGUUUUUUUUUGUCCUGUUUGAUUUGUAAAUGGAAUAAAAAAAAAAGUAUUUCACUUGUGCUGUAGCAGUUCAUAGUUCUGUACUGUCAAAAUUACAAACUUCUCCCUCUUAACUGAUGAAUACUUAAGUUCUGACAGGUAAACUGUUGGGGUGGGCACUGGUCAUUUUCUUUAACAGUUUUCUAUCAUCAGAAAUACAUCUUUUGAACUCCUAAAAGUUUAAAUGUGUUCCAUUACAAGUCUUUAAAAGACUCGCUCUGGGGAUCCCCACUCCAGUCUAUAUUCUAGAAAUCUUGGUGCUUUUUAAAAUAAUGUUUCAGUUGAAUUUUGAUCAAGAAAAGGGGAUUUCUUUAGAACAAUAUUUAGACAAAUUGUGUGUAGUGAAUAUGCUACAUUAUGAGCUGUAAUAAAACCUGUAAUUCUAACAGUUCAUUUGUAAAAAACCCAACAACAAAACCCCCCAAAUUGUAACAAAUCUUCAGACACAAUGAAGAGCACACAAGCACGGUUUUACAGUGCCUUAUGUUUUACUGCUGGAAACUCACUGAUUUGGGUUAAGUCUUGUUGAACACUGCUAAGAGUUGGCUUGUGUUUAAACACUUUGGUCCUGCUGCUGAAACCUGUAGCACAGCCUUAUUUUAUUUUUCAGUUCUGUCCCCAUGCUGAAUUACUCUGGUUGUGGAUUAUCUGUGCUAGGGACUGUUCUGUGCACCUGUGUGAAAUGUCUUUGAGUCAUAGCACGUUGACUAGUGCCGUGCAGACUCAGUUGUACUUCUUCCUAGGGUAGCUGGGCUUGGUUGUGUGACUCUUCUGCUCACUUACACAUGGGGCUGAUGAGUCCUAUGGGAUUUGAGUAGGCUCCACUUAGCUCCUCAAGUAGUCUAAAAUGGGCUUGGGUUCUGGCUAAUGCUGACCCCCAGGUGAGUCAAGCACUGUGUGCUGUAGGAAGGCUCCAUGAAUUGGAUGGUGUAGUGCCACCUUCUCUUCUAACUAGUCUUGGUUAACAGACUUGAUUGUGUUAUGAAACAUCACAUUAGUUAUUUAAACCAUAGUAGCUAGAUUUGGUGACCUAAAUUCAUUUUGGUGUGACUUUUUAGGUAAGAUGUGGGUUGAGGUGCUGUGUCUUUAUGUAUGUAAUCACAUACCUUAAUCCUUUUUACUGUGUUAGCAACCACUGAAUGAUGGCUUGCUUUGUGUUGAUUAGAUUACUUUUUUUAACAGGUAUGUGAUUUAUAGCCAAGAAAAAGAGUGAAAUUACUGGGACUAUAAGAGAUCUGUAAUUCUAGACCCCUAAAGGUUUCUGACUUAGCGAGGUUUCUAUCAAGUUGCACUUUGACAGAAAUUGGAAUUUAGGAAGAUAAGGUAGCAUUGUUUUGUUCUGUUGACCAGAACUGCUUUUAGUAAGUUUUGUUAAUCUAUUUUAAUUUACAAAAAAAUGAAAUAAUAACCAAUAAUAGUAUCCAUUCUAAUCAAUUGACUGCUUUUCUUUCCAGGAAUCAAAUCUUUCAAAGCCGUUAAAACACCUAGAGAUGUUGAUAGGAAGCUAUAUGCAUUUCUUCCCUCUCCUUCCAAAGACUGGAUAAGCUUUGAUGGUUACAACGCACUUGUAAAUCCGGUUAGGUGUCUCUCAGAAGGUACAGAUAAGAGUCCAGGGACUGGAACCAUCCAUGUAAUAAUGCGGUUAGCAGAUAUCCAGGUAUGACUUUUGGAGACUUGUAAGCUUAUUGAAAACAAAACAGAAUUGUUGAGAGUAAAAUCAGCAUGGCCAAGCUGAACCCGCAUUCUUCUAGACAGUUUCUCAGCGUGCUUGUCCUUCUGGCUGCUGUCUUUGACAUCCUGGGUUCUUGUUCUUUAGAAUCUGAGGAUUAGUAAUCACAUGCUCUUUGUUUCAUUUUCAGGAAUGGAGCAGUUAUUACUGUUUUCUCAACUAAUACUGAUUUAUCAACUUCUAAUGAGUCAGUUCUGGUAUAACUGCUGAAAUACAAGCUGUUAAAACAAACCUUUAAAAAUACUUCCCACCUAAAUAUCCCAAAACCUGAAAGUCUUCAUAAAAAAUCUCUUCUGCCAUUACUGUUGACAGUUUACAAGAUAAAAAGGUAUCAAAACUGAGAAUGGCUGAAUUUCCAGUGCAGAUUAUGUGAAAGGACAAAAUGUGUAAGCCUUUCGUAAUUUUCGUAGUGUAAGCAGUUCUGUGAGCAACAGACUAAUGAAGGCCAGCUUUCCAGGAAUGCAUCUGGAGGUCUGACUUCUGUGUAGGUUAUCUGGUGUCUAAAAAAGGGUUAUGUUGCAGCAUUUUUCUCUGUGGAUCUUCUAAUAGCAUUUCUCUUUAGCUGCUUGUUUUCAUGAAAUCUCUAGAAAUGCCUGAUCAUCUACUUUACUGUUGGGUUUUGCUGGAUGUAUUUGCAUGUGUGUGGAAGGCACAUUUCUGCAUCUUCCUUGCUCCAGCUCCAUACCAGUGUCAUAUUUAAUUUGAUUGCAUAUGCCUGGUUUCCUUAGGAACGCGAACUAAAAUGGUGCUGAUUUGAUGUAAGGAAAAAACGCCUUACGCUGGGUGCAGUCAGUCACUGGAAGAGGUUACCCAGAGAGGCUGUCAGACCUCUGUCUACAGGAGUUUCCAAGACCUGACAGGCUGAGACACCGAGCGCUGUGGUUGCAGUUCAUUGCUGAGCCUCCUUUGAGUAGGAGGCUGGGCUGGGUGUCCUGUUGAGGUUCCUUCCAAGGCAAGCGAGUAUUGUUCCAAGUAGUAAACUGAAAGGAAGGCAAAACAGGAACUUCCCAUUUUGUAGUGACCUCUCACUUUGAAGAAGUGAAAUGUUAGCAUUUUUGCUUUUCUUUAAUGCAGAGAAAUUAUAGUUGAGCAUAGUUACUCAGCAAAUUAGUAGUAUUUGUCUUUGACUAGUAGGAUGCUGUCCAGACCAUUACCUUGUGUUUAGAUUAGUACUAAAAUACUGCAGUACCACCAGAAGGGGAAGAGUUGCGUUUGUGAUGUUUGUUGAAAAGCUGAACGUAGUUGGAUGUUAUAAUACAUGAUUACAAACGUUAGAGAAACGAAGGGAUCCUUUAGUGUGGCAUGAAACUCCAGUUUGCUCUAUCGUUAUGGAGGUGUUAACCUAAAUGAACAGUAAAUGCAGGAAUAGAUUGAUGGAUAAAAUCUGACCUGAGCAAGGGUCGAGUGAUCUUUUUAGAACUGAGUUUGGGACAUCAUCUGCUCUUUUAUUUUGCUAUUAAAUUACCUUGGUUCUGCUUAUGAAAAGGUACUGUCUGUGAAAACUCAAUGGAUUAUCAUUAUUUUUUAAUUUUUUUUUUUUGGAAACUACAGUUAAAAGUAGUUUAAGAUAAAUCUGUCUUUAGGUAGCCAACGCGGUAAAAGAACCAAGACUUUUGGGCUAGGGUAACUUGGGUUUAAUUUAAUUUUAGUGCUUUCAUGUUGAAUUUGCUGGCUAAGAAUGGGUUGCAUACCAGCAGAAGAUUGCCUGUAGUUAUGCAUGGAAACAAAAGUGCAAGCUAAGGCCUGAAGAAUGUCCAAAGUAAAAGAUAAAUUGGUAGUAAAAGAAUAUGGAUAACGAGGUGUAUAGCAACCAGGGAAUUAAACUGAGAACUUGAGGGAAUAAGCUUAGAAGGUUGAAAUUUUGUGAUCUUUAUGAUGGGGCAUUACUGGUCUAAUGGGUACAGAGAAUGUUAGAUGAGAGUAAAUUAAGAGUCUUACACUUAGAAAAACAGUUUGUUUAAAUAGCAGAUAAAUAGCAUUGCAUGUGAUUCAGAAAUGUACAUCUUGGAUUGAAGACCAGCUACUUGAAAAUUGGAAAAUAAGUCAUUUGUACUCAAGCCUGUCCCUCCUGUUGUUGUCUCUUGUCUGUCUCCAGGAUUAAUGACUUACAUGUAUCUCAAGAGUUUUCUUACCCAGUAAUCAUUCUGAAAUGGAAGUUACAUACUAUACCACCUUUGUAGACCAGUGUUUCUUUUUUGUAAGGUAGACAUGCCUCAAGAAAUGUCUGCUUCACCUUCAGUAGCAUCAGCGUAUCAGUUAACGGACUGAGAUGGAGGAGCUGUUCCCAGUGGAGCCUAAUGUAUUGAACCGCAUCUCCUGGCUGAUGUGAGCAUGGUGGCAUCCUGUCAGCCCUGUUGUUACCAGCAGUGGACCGUGGGGUUGCUUUCCACACCCACCCCAAUGGUGUCAGAAUGUCUUCCAGACUUCUUACGGAUAAAAAAGAUUAGAAAACAAGACUAGCAUCUGUCAAAUGGGGCUCCCUCUCCAUUUCUCUCUACACACCUUUCCUUUGGGGGGAGAAGAAGAGGAGAAUAGCAUGAAAAGUGCAAAAUGUUUCAAAUUCCUGUUCAAAAUCUUGAUAGUAUCAGGAAGGCUCGAAAAAAGGUGAAGGGCAUUCUUGUGGAUCUUGGGCUUGACAGCUGCAGGGAAUUGUUGAAGAAUCUUAAAAGUUUUGACCCAGGUGAAAAACACUUCUGCAACACUUCAUGGAGUGAUGUCUCUCCUUGGGAGUCCGUGGGAAAGAGGAAGAGAUACAGAACAAAGCCGUACUGCUGUAGCUUAUGCAAGUUCUCCUCAAAAUUGCUUACUUCAUUCAAGAAUCACUUGCACCGUUACCAUGAGGAUGAAAUGGACCAAGAGCUGGUGGUUCCUUGCCCAAAAUGUGCAUUUGCUUCUCAUCCCAAAAUAGUGGGAAAACAUAUCCGAAUGUUUCAUUCAUCUAAUAAAAGAAUACAGAACUAUACAGUCAGCAUUUUGGAUGGCAUGAAACAAUUCAGAAGUGACAUCAUAAACUUCACAUGUCUAAAAUGUCACUUCACAGACACAUUGUAUUACAAUAUGAAGAAACAUGUGCUGCUGUACCAUUUUCAGGACUUAGUAAGUACGUAUUUUGGCCAGAAGUCUGAUGAAAGUAACGAGAAUUCUGUUGAGCACUACUGUAAAAAAUGUAAUGCUUCUGCAAACAGCCAAGAUUCUUUAAUGUAUCAUGUCCUGACAGCUGAAACGCACCGAGACCUGGAGAACAAACUUCGGUCUGUGAUUUCAGAACAUAUUAAGAAACCAGGACUUGUGAAACAAAUGCAAAUUGCUCCAAAGCCUGUUCAAGGUGUGACAGCAGCUGCUCCAUCUGCAGGGCCUGCCACUGCCCCAGCAGGUUCUGUCACAGCUCCGUCUUGCGUCCAGCUUGCAUUUCCACAGAAUAAUCAAACCCAGAGUGUGGUGCAGCCAAAAGCAGUUCAGAACACAGUCGGAUCACUGACUGUUCCAAGUGCCUCUGGUAGCGUUCUACAUACAACUUCUGCUCCAAUUGUUAGCCCAUCACAUGUUACUCUUGUAUCCAGUAAUAUUCCUGUAGGUCAGAAUAAUGUUAAUAUUCAGCCGUCACCUUCCCAGUCUAUCAUUGUUUCCCAUAGGCUCCCCCUUAAUCAGCCUGUGAGUGCUGGAGCUGUUCCUCUUAAUCAUUCCGUUGGGACUGUAAAUAGAGCUGUGGCCCCUGCAGUUCUUCCUCUUAAUCAGCCUGUCAGGCCUGGGCUCUUUCCUGUUAAUCAACCCAUUGGUACUAUAAAUGGUCCGGUUGCAGCUGGAACGCUGCCUGUUAUUCAGCCUGUCAGCCCUGUGAAUCAACCGGUUGCACCAGGAGUUCUUUCUGUCAACCAGUCUCUUGGGAAUGGGAACAGACCCAUUGGUCCCAGGGUCCUUCCUGUGGUGCAGACAGUUGGGUCCGGUGUUCUCCAGCUUAACCCGCCUGUUGUAUCUGGGGUUGUUCCUGUCAGGCAGCCUGUCAGACCUGGGUUUCUUCAGCUUAAUCAACCUGUUGCAUCAGCAGUUAUCCCAGUAAAUCAGCCAGUUCAACCUGCAGUUUCUCAAAACACAGCUUUUUUGACUGCAGGUUCUAUACUUCGGCAGUUGAUUCCAACCGGUAAGCAGGUUAAUGGGAUACCUACGUACACGCUUGCCCCCGUUUCCGUUACUUUGCCUGUACCUCCUGGUGGUGGAGUAGCCACUGUUACACCACCGCAAGUGCCCAUCCAGCUAAUGCAGUCUGGGACGGUAACUCAGUUGUCCCAGUCACCAGCUAGUGCACCUUCUCCUCCAGUGGUUUUAAUGUCUCAGAAUAUAUCGUUACAAGCCUCCCCGCCUGAUCCUGAAACAAGUCAGGCUGUCAGACAGGCUAAGCAGUGGAAGACUUGCCCAGUUUGCAACGAGCUUUUCCCAUCAAACGUCUACCAGGUGCAUGUGGAGGUUGCCCACCAACAUGGUGAAGUAAAAACGGAGGAAACCCUGGAACCCGACAAACUUGCAGCUUGUGCACCCUUUCUAAGGUGGAUGACAGAAAAGACGGUCCGGUGUUUCUCUUGUAAAUGUUUUCUCUGUGAGGAAGAGCUCAUGAAACAUCUGUUGAUGCAUGGCUUAGCUUGCUUGUUUUGCACAGUUACUUUCCAUGACUUAAAAAGCCUCAUGGAACACAAUAAAACCACACACAAUGGGAAAAAGCAGUUACAUGCAGAUUAUAGCAACAGAGGAUUUCAGUUAGGUAAUGAUGCUCAGGGUGACCUUGUGUUUCCACACUUUGAUUUCAGUACAGUGUUACCAGAGGAAGACAUCGGUGAAAGAGAAGUACAUUUGGCAGUGCUUGCUGGACUAAAUUCAAGGACACUUGUCCCCGUUUACAUCAAAGUGAAGCCUCAGACGGCAGAAGUGAAUAAUAGAUGCAACAAAAAAGUGUUAACCUGUCCCUUUUGCUUUGGUACGUUUGUUAGUAAAGAAAUCUAUGAAAUGCAUUUGAAAGAGCGGCAUCAUAUAAUGCCAACUGUACAUACAAUUUUAAAAUCUCCUGCUUUCAAGUGCAUCCACUGUUGUGGUGUGUACACUGGAAAUAUGACUCUAACAGCUAUUGCUGUACAUUUGCUCCGUUGUAGAAGUGCUCCCAAAGACAGCAACUCAAGCAUGAAGAUGCAGCUUGAGCGUAGUGAGAAGAAAGAGCUACUGUUCGUGAACGGCGAAAAGCAUGAUUCAGUGGUACUGAAAAGAAAGCAAUCGGAUUCCUGCUUUGUUGCAGAAGACCAAAGGAAUAAGGAACAGCAGCCUCUGAGCUUAAGUACUGGCGUAGUUCUAGCUCCAGAAAAAGAAGUGAAUUCAGGGGUAGUGCCUUUCAAACGACAGAAGAUUCAUACUAGGACUGAGAUGAGGAAGCUUCCUUCUAGUGACGAUCUUCGCUUUCUAGCAGUAGAUCCUAAACAGUAUGAUCACAAUUCAUACGAGGCUCAAAAACAGUUUUUGACAGACUACUUUCAUAAGAGGCCAUAUCCUUCUAAAAAAGAGGUGGAAUUACUUACUUUGCUGCUAUAUGCGUGGAAAAUUGAUGUUGCAUCUUUCUUUGGAAAAAGAAGGAAUAUAUGUUUAAAGGCGAUAAAUAAUCACAAACCGUCUGUGCUGCUGGGUUUCAGUAUGUCUGAACUAAAAAAUAUUAAGCACAGUUUGAAUAUAAAAGAUAAACCAUUAGAUGUGUAAACAAGCUUUUUAUAACAGCUAAAAGCAGUCCGUAAUUGCAUACUCAAUGAAUUAGCAGUUUAUUUUAUUUGUUUUAACUUGCAGACUGGCCUGUUGAAGGGUACAGUAGUACAAAAAGUCUCAUUCAAUCGUGGCUGUGAUGGUGAAAGGCACACAUAGUUGUGUAUUUGAAAAAGCUAAAACCUUCAGACUUACACAUCUGGAAUUUGUUUUAGCUUCUUGCUUUGUCUGGACUAGUGUUUUUGGGGGUGUUUAUUUGGUUCCAUUUCCCUUGGUUCCCUUUCAGGCUCCCAUUACACUUUUUAUACCAUCAUGUAAAACAUUUGUCCUAUUAACAAAUUUUGUUUUAUUUUUCUGCAAUGUUGUCAUUUUUUCUAAACAAUAAAAUGUAUAAUGUUGGUUAAAAUACUGAGGUAAACUAUGUGAUAAACAUCUAUUUGAUUAUUUGUGGGUUUAAGUCCUAUUUUUUUAAUAUGUUUUUGUUCUAUCUACUGAAGUGACUGUAGCCUUUAAAUCAGUUGCCCCUUCAAAUUCCCAGUGCACUGGUAGCAAUAAAAUACAUGGCAGAUUUUU